CUGUGAGGGUUCACUUUGUUUAGAGUAGUCGGAAGCAGAAGUGAACCCUCUUUUAGCACGAAUUAAUGCUAUUUCUCACAUUCCCUUGCUUAAAUUUCGGUGUUUAGGCUCAUGUUGAUCAUAAUUCAUCUCAGCGUAUGCGCAUGCGUAGAAAGCGUAGAGUCGGUUAGUGAGAUUUAAACGCAAGGAGGUUGUGCUAGCUCGUUAGCCGCUAGCAGUUUUUGGGGAUAUAUCGUUUCCUCGCCAGGCAUUUCAUGCGGCUUUUAUGAUUGAGUUUGCUGCUUUAUAUUAAGUAAGUGGAUGCACGUCUAAUCAUGGCUUCAAUUCUCGAUGAGUAUGAGGACUCCCAAAACAACAGGCAAACUUCCCAGCAGCACAGCCGCCUAUCCCCUGCUAACAUCGGGCUAACACAUUCAGGCUUUGUGAACGUGAGGCUCGAGGAAGAGAAACCAAUAUUCAACAAACAGAGGAUCGAUUUCACCCCACCUGAGAGGAUAAACCAUUUGGCUGUCUGCAGCAACCAGCUGUGCAUGAGUCUGGGAAAGGACACUUUGUUGAGAAUUGAUUUGGCCAAACCAGAUCAACCGAACCAGGUUGAAUUAGGGAGGAAAGAUGACAGUAAAGUCCACAGACUGUUCUUGGAUCCUACAGGCUCCCAUCUGCUGAUCAGCCUGAGCACCAGUGAGUGUAUGUACCUCAACAGGAACACACAGAAGGUGCGCAGUCUGUCCCGGUGGAGGGGCCACCUCAUCGAGAGCGUGGGCUGGAACAAGCUGCUGGGCAAUGAGGCCAGCACAGGACCCAUCCUGGUGGGCACCAGUCAGGGCAUCAUCUUUGAGGCUGAGAUCUCGGCGAACGAGGGCAGCCUGUUCAACACUAACCCGGACCAGUACUUCAGACAGAUCCAUUCCCUGGAAGAAGAUGGCAAGCCCGCACCCAUCUGCUGCUUGGAGGUUGAGCGCGGCCCGGAAAACAAGUACUUCAUCAUCGCCACCACCCGUAAACGCCUGUUCCAGUUUGUGGGUAAGCUGGCCGAAGGGUCGGAGCAGCAAGGCUUUAGCUCCAUCUUCAAUCAGAACCAGGACCUGCUUCCCAGCUUUCAGGAGUUCCCAGCCAACAUGGGGUACAGCGAGAUCACGUUCUACACGGCCAAACUUCGCAACGUCCCAAAAGCGUUUGCGUGGAUGAUGGGUAACGGAGUUCUCUACGGCCAGCUGGACUACGUCAGGCCUGAUUCACUCCUGAGUGACGUUCAGGUUUGGGAGUACACUCCUGACAUCGACAUUAGUCACAGCAGACCCAUCUCCAUUGUGCUGACCCAGUUCCACUUCCUGCUCCUCCUCCCUGACCGAGUCAAGGCCAUCUGCACUCUGAACGGGCAGGUGGUGUACGAAGACAUGUUCCCAGAUAAAUUUGGCGCCUUAAAGAGGAUGAUCAAAGAUCCCGUGGGUGGGUUGGUGUGGAUCUACACGGAGCGGGCAGUUUUCCGCUACCACAUCCAGCGUGAAUCCAGAGACGUGUGGCAGAUGUACAUGAGCAUGAAUAAAUUUGAUCUGGCCAAGGAGUACUGUCGUGACCGGCCUGAGUGCAUGGACAUGGUGCUGGCCAAGGAGGCCGAGUACUGCUUCCAGAACAAACGGUACCUGGAGAGCGCCAAGUGCUACGCGCUAACGCAGAAUUACUUUGAAGAGAUUGCGCUUAAGUUCAUCGAAGCCAAACAAGAGGAGGCCUUGAAGGAGUUCUUGCUGAGGAAGCUAAAUAACCUGAAGCCGAGUGAGAAAACGCAGAUCACUUUGCUGGUCACCUGGCUGGUCGAACUUUACCUGAACCACCUCGGGCAGCUGGAGAGCGACGGCAACAGCGUCAUCUUCCAGGAGACCCGCGACGAGUUCCGCGAUUUCCUGAGCAACUCCAAACACAAGGAGUGCCUGUUCAACAACCGCAGCACCAUGUACGACCUGCUGGCCAGCCACGGCAACGUGGACGACAUGGUUUACUUCUCCGUGGUCAUGCGCGACUACGAGCGAGUGAUUUCCCACCACUGCCAGAACGACAACUUCAGCGCGGCGCUGGACGUGCUCGCCAAGCACUGCGACGAAAAGCUUUUUUACAAGUUCUCGCCUGUGCUCAUGCAGAAUAUACCUAAACGCGUGGUGGAUGCGUGGAUUCACAUGGGCAAGAGGCUGGACCCCAAGAAACUGAUCCCAGCUCUGAUGAACUACAGCCAGAUGGGCAGCACACAGCAGAUCAAUGAAACCAUCCGCUACAUGGAGUUCUGUGUGUACGAGCUGAAAGUGACGGAGGAGGCCAUCCAUAACUACCUGCUGUCUCUUUAUGCAAAGUACAGACCAGACUCUCUGCUGUUGUAUCUGGAUCAGGCAGGCACGCACCCCUCGGAGAUCUACUAUGACCUGAAGUACGCCCUCAGGCUGUGUGCAGAGCAUGGCUACCUCCAGGCGUGUGUGCUGGUGUACCGAAUAAUGGAGCUGUACGAGGAGGCGGUGGAUCUGGCUUUACAAGUGGACGUAGACUUGGCCAAGAAAUGCGCCGACCUGCCAGAAGAUGACGAAGAGUUGAGAAAGAAGCUUUGGCUGAAGAUCGCCAGGCACGUGGUGCAGGAGGAGAAGGACGUGAAGAAAGCCAUGAACUGUCUGUCGAGCUGCAACCUGCUCAAGAUUGAAGACAUCCUGCCUUUCUUUCCAGACUUUGUCACCAUUGACCACUUUAAGGAGGCCAUUUGUGGUUCCCUGGAGGAGUACAACAAGCACAUUGACGAUCUGAAGCAGGAAAUGGAGGAGGCCACGGAGAGCGCUAAACGCAUCAGAGAAGACAUCCAGGAAAUGAGGAACAAGUACGGGGUUGUGGAUUCCCAAGAAAAGUGUGCUGCUUGUGACUUCCCAUUACUCAACCGACCCUUUUAUUUGUUUCUGUGCGGUCACGUGUUUCACUAUGACUGCCUGUUCCAGGAAGUGACUUCUCAUUUGUCAGCCUUCAAGCAAAGUCGCCUGGAAGAGCUCCAGAAAAAGCUGGCCGCCACAUCGCAGUCUUCCAAAUCACGCCACCAUCAAGCACCAAAGGAAGAAGGAGACACUUCCAGCCUGGGGAAGGGCACUGCAGGCACAAGCCGCGAGCAGAUAAUAUCAGACAUCGAUGACAUCGUUGCGUCCGAGUGCGUGUACUGCGGCGAACUGAUGAUCAAAUCCAUCGACAAGCCUUUCAUCGAUCCACAGAAAUUUGAGCAAGAGAAAUCCAGCUGGCUGUGAAUAAAUACUCUUCUACUUUCAGUGUGAAAAUGAAGCAUAGCGUGUUUAUAUCUGAGAAAA